AUGACUUUUAUAUCUGAAGAUGAAGUUCGGAAUUUUUAUAAAUCAUAUGCUCAGAAUGUUGGUUUUGGUAUUUCCAAAUUAGGUGGUAAAAAGGGAGAUGAUGGAAAGCAAAAAUAUUUUUGUUUUGGAUGUGGCAAAAGUGGUAAAACAGUAUCUCAAGUCAAAAAUGCUUUGUACCCUAGACCUUCUAUUAAGACAAAUUGCAAAGCUAAGAUUAAUGUUGUUAUUCGGAAUGAUGAUAACUUUGUGAUAAGUAGUGUAUCUCUUGAACAUAAUCACGUCUUGAGCCCGGGAAAGUCACGACAUUUUAGAUGUAAUAAAUUAUUGGAUUCAACUACAAAGAGGAAACUUGAAUUAAAUGAUCAAGCAGGAAUUACUUUAAGUAAAAGUUUUCAUUCAUUGGUAGUUGAGGCUGGAGGCUAUGAGAAUUUGACAUUUGAUGAGAGAAAGUGUAGGAAUUAUAUUUCAAAAGCUAGAAGGUUGAGGUUAGGGGAUGGAGAUGCUGAAGCCUUGAGUAAUUAUUUUUGUCGCAUGCAAAGUCGAAACUCUAACUUCUUUUAUGUGCUUGAUUUAGAUGAAGAGUCUCGAAUAAGAAAUAUUUUUUGGGCAGAUGCAAGAUGUAGGGCUGCAUAUCAUUACUUUUCUGAUGUUGUGACUUUUGAUACAACUUAUUUGACUAAUAGUUAUGAUAUGCCAUUUGCUCCUUUUGUUGGGGUGAAUCAUCAUGGUCAAUCCAUUUUGCUUGGAUGUGGAUUAUUAUCAAGUGAAGAUUCAGAAACAUUCAUAUGGUUGUUCAAUGAGUUAGAUUGUCAAGUUAAGUGUCUAUGCCAUCUUUUUGAGUUUCGAGAAAUUUUAUGUAGGCAUGUGAUCUCUGUGUUGAUACAAAUGAAGGUGAUUGAGGUUCCUAUGAAUUAUAUUAUGGAUCGAUGGCGCAAAGAUAUUAAGCGUGGUUAUCAAAGUAUCACUAACAUUUAUGAUGAAUAUGUUUGUGAUGGAGAAAAACAUCGAUGCGAAGGAAAAAUUGAUUGCUAUUCAAAUAGAUCAUUCAAGAGCGGACCAUUUGAAAGAAGCAUCUACAUCGAGUUCAAAAACAAUACACUCUCCAUUAAAAGUAAGAUCUAG